UUUGUUUGUGGGCGUGUACCUUUCCCCUGCAGGGGGCGGAGCUCCGCGUGGUUUUCCUCUCAUCAUGUCAGCUUUUCCUGCAGCUUCUAGUUUGUGGUUUUCUAUGUGUGAGAAAGAACUCGGAUGAGAUCUUUAAACGCGCGGGCUCGUGUGUGUCACGGGAGGGACGUUAUAGCGCUGGAGAUCCUUCGUCAUUUACAGGAUCGAUUCAUGAUUUUUGUUUUUUACAUUCGUUUGAUUUUUGCACAUUUACAUGUUAUUUUUAUGGAAAAAUACACAUUAUGCAGAUACAUAUUUUAAGAUUUAUAUUUAUUAAAACAGGCCACUCCAGAACCGGAUUCUGUUCACACUUAUUUAUGAAAUGAUCAUAUUAGAAUAUUAACUCGUUUUCUCUUUGUUUUUUCGGCUCUAUUGAUCGAUUCUUUAAACUCAGACAUUGGAAAACACGUGCACGUAUGCAUACACAAAUACAUCUAAUUAUCAGUCACGUGGUCAAGUAAACAGUCUGACGCUUCAUCCAAAAAUAUAAACAUCAUCAUCAUCAGCUGCAGCAUGAAGGCCGCCUGCUGCCGCGCGCCUUUGUUUUCUUUGAAGGUUUUUUAAAAACACGAUUUAGAAACAGAAAAAAAAUACUACUAAUCACAUUUUUGUUUAAAAAAAAUAAAAAUAAAAACAAGACAAACGAGGUUCCGUCAGAAACGUUUGUUUGAGCUCACGCACGCGGGAAAAGGUUUGGAGGUGAACAUCCUAAAGCAGAGGUGGUCUUUAUUCAUUCUGGAAUAUUCACACAAAUAAACGCGCGUGCGCACAGAUGAACUGAUGAACAUUUUUUCUAAUCUUCUUCCAAACUCUUUUAUUAUGCAGAUUUAUUAUUAUUAUUAUUAUUAUUAUUAUUCGACCCAGUUGAGAUUUUCGCAUUUUACGGAGACUGGGUUGCUUAAACUUCACUGCCUCGCGCGCGCUCUCUUUGCGCUCGCGGGAGAGACUGCGUGAAUGCACGCGCACAAGUUGUGAAGGACCGGGUCAACGUGACCCACAUGAAGCGCGUGCACGACGCCGUCAGGGCUCCGCGUGUUCGUGGUCCGCUCUCUUAUUGGCUGCUCCAACUUUUCUCACGCGGUUUAGUGGCGCGCGCGCUGCGCUCGUGUGAGGAGCAGUGACAUCUCCUCCCGCUCCUCCCGCUGCUCCCGCUGCUCCUCCUCCUCCCGCGGAGCUGCUCCUCACCUUCAGUCAGCUGGAACAUCUGCAGGAUUUCUGCCUCCAUGUCUGCUCUGCAGGGACCCGAGCCGCGGAUGAUGCGCGCGGCGCCCGGACACAAUUACCCGCGCGCUGGAUUCCCCCUGGAAGUCUCCACUCCUCUGGGUCAGGGUCGGGUCAACCAGCUCGGCGGGGUCUUCAUCAACGGCCGGCCUCUCCCCAACCACAUCCGGCACAAGAUCGUGGAGAUGGCGCACCACGGGGUCCGGCCCUGCGUCAUCUCCCGCCAGCUGCGCGUGUCCCACGGCUGCGUGUCCAAGAUCCUGUGCCGCUACCAGGAGACCGGCUCCAUCCGGCCGGGGGCGAUCGGCGGGAGCAAGCCCAGGCAGGUGGCCUCUCUGGACGUGGAGAAGCGGAUCGAGGAGUACAAGCGGGACAACCCCGGUAUGUUCAGCUGGGAGAUCCGGGACAGGCUGCUGAAAGACGGCGUGUGUGAGAGGAGCUCCGCCCCCUCAGUGAGUUCGAUCAGCCGCGUGCUCCGGGCUCGGUUCGGGACUAAAUUCGAGGAUUCUGACUUUGACAAGAAGAAGCAGGAGGAGGAAGAGGAGGAGGAGCAGCGGAGGACGAAGCACAGCAUCGACGGCAUCCUGGCGGAUAAAGGCAGCCAGGUGGACGAGGUGUCAGACGUGGAAUCAGAACCAGACCUCCCCCUGAAGAGGAAGCAGCGCCGCAGUCGGACCACCUUCACAGCCGAGCAGCUGGAGGAGCUGGAGAAGGCCUUUGAACGAACGCACUACCCGGACAUCUACACCCGGGAGGAGCUGGCCCAGCGCACCAAGCUGACCGAGGCCAGGGUGCAGGUUUGGUUUAGCAAUCGAAGGGCCCGGUGGCGAAAGCAGGCGGGAGCCCAUCAACUGUCAGCGUUCAACCACCUCCUUCCCAGUGGAUUUCCUACAACAGGGAUGCCGACACUUCCUGGAUAUCAGCUGCCAGAAACCAGCUACCCAUCGUUAGUGCAAGAUGGGGGGGCGACCGUUCACCGUCCGCAGCCGUUACCUCAGUCCACGGCGCACCAGGGCGGACUCUCCAGCCCCGACAGCAGCUCCACCUACACUCUGUCCUCCAACCGUCACGGUUUCUCCAACUAUCCUGAUUCCUUCAUGAGCUCCGCCGUGCCCAGCAGUCACAUCAACCCCAUGAGCAACGGACUGGCCCCCCAGGUCAUGAGUCUCCUGACCCCCGGCGCCGUCUCCUCUCAGCCACAGCCCGACUUCUCCUCCUCGCCGCUCCACGGAGCGAUGGACUCCUCCUCGUCCAGCAGCACCUCGGCCGUCUGCAGCCACACCUCCGCCGACGCCGCUGCCAGGACGGGGGACGCCCAGCCGUACUGCCCCCCCACAUACGGCACCAGCAGCUACAGCAUGGACCCCGUGGCCAGCUACCAGUACAGCCAGACUGCUGUGGAUUAUUUGGCCAAGAACGUGAGCCUGUCCAGCCCCCGCAGGAUGAAGCUGGCCGACCCCUCAGCGGUGCUGGGACUGCUGCACAUCGAGCCGGGCCAGGCCUACUAGACUGUGGUGACACUGAGACCUCACCUGGACGCUGCAGUGGCGCCCUGGCAGAGGAGAGUGCACGUCUGUGCGUGAGCGUGUGUUUGUGCAGAUUCAUGCCUCGUCUGGCUGCUCUGAUCGUGGAUGAAGCUGCAGGUGUCGUCACGUCAGCUCUGGUCCUCAAACCUUCCACUGGCUGCAGCUUUAAAUCGGAGGGGGCGGGGUCUAGCACACCUAGGCCCGCCCCUUUCAGGGGACUUGACAGUUAACCCCAGUGGAGCAAACGGGGAUGUGGGUAGAGGGGGAGAGGGGGUGAGCAUCCAGCAUCCAUUCUGUCUGCCUGCCAAGUGGGCGGAGCUUAUGAGGACGUCACAGAAGUUCUUUUUAGUGUUAAAGCAGCUUUAGGAGGGAGGUCCCUCCAAGCAGGUGAGGGGGCGCUGUUCCUCCUCUGAAGACAGACGUGUGUGGAUGGAUGAAAUCAUGGUUGUUCAUCUCCCUACAGCACCGACCCGCCGGACCCUGGACCCCCGUCAACUCGUAAUGGACUUUUUCCCAACAGAAACACUUCCUUCACCUGAAGCUUCCUGGUCUGACGAGCGUAGGUGCUGGUCAUCUACAGCACUGGUGUGAUGAAGAAGAUCAGAACCUCCUGAUGCCUUCAGGAGCACAAACAGAAAGACGCCAAAGCAGCCGGACAGAGAGCAGCUGGAUCACCGGCAGCAAACCGACCCGACUCUGCAGACGGCAGGCGGAGCUGCUCUCAGCGCAUCAGCAGGUCUCUGCUUUUGUCUGGACAGCAUGGUGACAGGAGCAGUUCCCUCAAAAGAGACGUCAGCGCUCCGUUUUGGGGUGUCUCACUGCUUCAGCGUGACCCACGGGUCCAACAUCCAGGUGUGCUCCAGGACGACGCCGGAGGUUAUGCAAAUGUGUGUGUGAUGCUACGGUUUGUAUCGUGUUAGUCUAGUGAGGAGUUUGUGUUUACAAUAAAGCACUGAUGUGAUUUUUGGAAAUAAAACUCUAAAAA